AUGAGCGCUGGGGGGGGGAGUGGUGGCGGCGUUGAUGCGGCUAAGAUGGAGUCGGUAGCGCUGGUGGCGCCGGUGACAGCGCUGGAGUUCGCGGGAGAUGUGCUGCUGGCGGGUACAGGCCCGGAAGUGGUGGCGUUUCGGCUGAGCGGCAGCGGGCCUGCGGUGGCGGCGGGCCGGCGGAGCGUGCUGCGUGAGGCCAGUGUGCAGGGGCUGCGGGCCGAGCCGGGCCCCGGGCCGACGGCGCGAGUAGCGGUCUUCGGUGGACGCUGGCUGGCAGUGCUGGCGGUGCGGCGCGGCGGAGCGGGCGGCGGGCCGCGGCUGGCGGUGUGCGGCGGCGGGGCCGCGCGCCAUCUCGGGAUGCGGGUGUGGGAGGUGCGGUGGGCGGCGGGCAGGCGGCUGGCGCUGGCGCUGGGCAGCGGGACCGUGGCGCUCUACGAGUGGCGGGGCGGUGGGCGCUGGCUGCGGCAGGCGAGCUGUGGCGGGGCUGGGGCCCUGCGUUGCGCCGUGCUGGCGGGGGUGAGCUGGGCGCGGCUGGCGCUGGCGGCCGGCACGGCGAUGGGGGCCGUGGUGGUGUGGCGGGCGGCGGCGGCGAAGUCCCCUCAGUAUCAGUUGCGCGGACACCAGGGCGCGGUGCUGGCGCUCUGCUACGCGGCGUCGCGGGGGCUGCUCGCCUCCGCCUCCGAAGACCGCAGCGUGCGGCUCUGGGCCGUGGGUGAGUUGGGCAUCGGGGACGGGACCGGCGCCUGCCUGCUGGUGUGCUACGGGCACGGGGGGCGAGUGGCCGCCGUGGUGCUGCGGGGGCCGCUCCCGGUCAGCGCCGGGGAGGACGGUGCCUGCCUGGAGUGGGGCGGCGGCGGCGGUGUGCGGCGGGCGCGGCGCGGGCACCGCGGGGCCCUGCGCGCCCUGGCCCUGCGCCCCGCCGGCGGCCGCUUGGCCACGGGCGGCGACGACGGCGGCGUCCGGCUCUGGCAGCCCCGGCGGGCGGCCGCGGACGCGGGCCCCGGGGUUGCGGCGCUGGGAGCCCCGGAGCGGCCGCGGACCGUGCUGCUGGUGGGGCCGCGGCGGGUGCUGGCGCUGGGCGAGGCGGGCGGGCUGGCGAUAUUCGAGGUGGCUCAGGGGCGCUGGACGCCGGUGCUGCAUCCCAGCGCCAGCGGGCCCCGCGCUGUGCUGGCGGCCGCUCCGCUGCACGGACGGGACGAGACGCUCUGCGCCGUGGCCAGCGGCAACGGGCGCCUCCUCCUUUUCGCCUUAAGCCAUCCCGGGGCCGCCGCCAAGCUCAAGCUGUUCGACGGGGCCGUGCACGGGCUGAGCUGGGCCCCCCGUCCCGGACUGCCCUCCGACACCGCUGCUGCCCUUCUGGCCUCCGGGCCCGACGGGGAGAUGCUCUGGCUGGACGUCACCCACCGCCCCGGGCAGGCACCCUGGGUGCAGCUCAUGGGUCGGUACCUGCUGCCCCCCUGCAAGCAACGCUGGCACACCUGUGCCACUUUCCUGCCCCAAGAAGAGCUCCUGGUCUGCGGUGACCGCCGGGGCUCCCUCCUCCUCUUCUCUUGCAGCAGCUCCUCGGGGUGGGCUGCAGAAAACACCAGCAUUGUCAAUGGUGGCACUGACCCAGCUGCUGAGGACUCCAGCAAUGAGUUGGAGCCCUCUUGCUUGUUGAACAAAGAGGCUCUUCCUCUUGAGUCCUCACUAUCAGUGCUCUUUGGACUCCACGGGAAGACAGGAGUUACCUCGGUGACCAUCCACAGGGGCUGCAUUUACAGCACGGGCCGGGAUGGUGUCUACCGCCAGCUCCGCCUGCGGGACCGGCAGCUGGAGGUCCUGCAGAAGCACAGACCCUGCAAAGGGCUCCAGUGGAUUGAGGAGCUGCACUUCACCUCGGAUGGGGACCUGCUUGUGCUGGGCUUUCACGCUGACAACUUUGUGGUGUGGAGCAGCAGGACUCGUGAGAACAUCCACUGCAUCCCCUGUGGGGGCGGGCACCGCUCCUGGAGCUACUGCAGCAGCCCCUUGGCCAAGGUGUUUGCCUUUGUCAAGUCUGGGGAUGUGAUGCUGUACCACUGUGAGGCCAAGCCCUGCGAGCAGCAAGUGCUGCUGCCAUCCCUGCACGGGCGGGAGAUCACCUGCGUGCGGCGCCUGGGGGCCGUGGAGGUGCCUGGCCGUGCCACUGUUAACGUGUUUGUCACCGGCAGUGAGGACACCACAGCCUGUGUCCUGGUGCUCAGUGAGAACUCUCGGGCAGCUGUGCCCCUUGCCCGCCUCAGUGACCACAUUUCCAGUGUGAGGACGUUGGCAUUCGCCAUGGGACCUGGAGCUGAGGGCUUUGGUGAUGAGGGCUUGUCUGCCCUGCUCUUCUCUGCAGGCGGCCGCGCACAGAUUGAGUGCUACCGGCUGCUGUGUGCUGGGGACGCAGCGUCUGAGAGUGCUGUGGCCUGCCAGGUCAUCCAUGUGGCCUCCCACCGGCUGGACAAGUACUGGGAGAAGAAGAAGAACAGGCACAAGCUUGUCAAGAUGGACCCAGAGACAAGGUACAUGUCCCUGUCAGUUGUGCCUGGGACCAGCACCAAGCAGCUGCCAACUCCCUGGAAGUUCCUGGCUGCUGCCUGCAGUGAUGGAUCAGUCCGGAUCUUUGGGCUGCUGGAGGCUGCUCAGAAGUUGGUGCUGGUGGCAGAGUCAUUUCACCACCAGCGCUGUGUGCUGAAGGUGGAGGCGUUCCUGCACACAUGGGCAGGAGGGGAAAGGAGGCACCUCCUGUGCAGUGCAGCCACUGAUGGCAGCAUUGCCUUUUGGAACAUCACCAGCACCAUCAUGAAUGCGGCAGAUGCCUUGCAGCAAGCAGAGGGAGAGAUGCAGCCCUUGGCUCUGGAUGCCCCACUGGUCACCAUCAUGGCCCACAGCUACGGCGUGAACAGCCUUCACAUCCGCGAGACCCCCGAGGGACGGUACCUGGUGGCCAGUGGCAGUGAUGAUGGCUCCAUCCACGUCUGCCUGCUGGAGGUAGCCCUGGGCAGGGGUGAAGCCAUUGCAGAGACGUGCCUGCAGGUCCUGGAGCGGGUGUCCAGGCCCUGUGCCCAUGCUGCCCAUGUGACAGGAAUCCGGGUGCUGCAGCCGGACCUGCUGCUCUCUGCCUCAGUGGACCAGCGCCUGACGCUGUGGAAGCUGUGCCCAGGCGAGCUGGUGCCCCUCAGCACCACCUUCUUCCAUGUGCCUGACCUAGCCGAGCUGGACUGCUGGGAGGUGGUGGAGGCUGGGGGCGAGCUGUGCUACUACUGUGUGCUCUGUGGGCAGGGCCUGGAGAUGCUGUGUGGCACAGCCUCCUCCAAACUUCCUCCACAAGAGGCUCCCCAGUAACGGGGCAGGUGUGUGACACAUCCAGGUCCCUGCUUGCCUGCACACUCAUCUGUCCUGUCCUGAGGGAACAGGCUUACUUGGCUCCUUGAAGCACAAUGCCAUGGUUGUGGUGCUCAAGGCCAGUGGUCUCUAGGAAGAAGGCAGAUGUGAGCCCUCCUGGACAAGCCUGGGGCUUCCCCAUGCAGUAAAAAAGUGGGGUUCUUGCUCCCCACUGCCCAAGAGCAGCUCUUGUUUGCUGAGGUGUGAAGGACCCAUGUCAGCUUUCCAGUCUUGGGCUCAGAGAGGAACCUUGCUUGGGAGGGCACUGAGGACAUGGCCUGACCCUGGUAGCUUGAGAGCAGCAGGAGGCCAGGAAGAGUCAGGCAGUGGUGUGACACAUGAUGGGCUGCAGCCCAGUAUGUCCUGGGACAGGGCCCUGUGUGACAGUCCUGACCCUGAGGUGCUGAGGAUGGUGCUGAAAUGCACAGGGAUGCUGAUCCUCCCCGUUAGCACUCUGUGCCAUGAGGGGUAGCUGGGCUGCCCACAAAUGCCACUCCCCCUCAGGCCAGGUGGGUUGUUCCUGCACAGCAGCAAGACCCAGGACAAUCAGAUCGAAGGAAGGACAACCUUGAGGUCAGACAGACUGUUUGUCCAGCAACAACUGUAUUGGACCCCAGUACUGGGGCCUGGCACCUCAGGAGCUCCCUGCCAGCACGGAGCACCCUUCAAUAAAGUUUGAGGAAACUGAA